UAAAAAGCUAUACAAAAUACAAAUUCCUCCAAUUUGACAAACGCGUCAGAUUUUUAUUGGAUUGUUUUUGUGAAAUAUACAAAUGCGCUGCGGUGUGCCAUUUAUUCUGCUUUGCUGUGUGAUUUUUAGUAUUUCGUCGAAGCCGUUGCAAAUAGAAGAAAAUUAUGCCAACGCAUCAGAUGAAACAGAGUACGAAGUUUUAAGCGGGGCUCCUGCAGCAAACUUGCCUGACCGUGAAGAGAACGACGUCUCAGCGAGAGUCUCGCAAACUGAUGUAUCCGCGGAACAGGAAGAGGCAGUAGAUAAUCAAGCGGACUCAUCGGACAAUGAAUACCAAUCCGACGCUGAGCAGCGACGUCUACGAGACAAUGCCGAAACUUUUCCAGACGGUAAACGUAGUAGUGAUGACUCCCGAACAUUACGUCACCAAUCCAAAAAGCACUUCGAAACUAAUGACUUAAACGAGGAGGUUCAGUAUGGCAAUGAUCGUGAGGCCAAUAACUACGAGACCAAGAAACUGCAAUUUUCUGUUCGCAAUGGAGAACCAAAUACUAAAAUUGCAGAAUUACUUACUAGAAAUGAUGAGGGAACUAUGUUGUUCAACAGAGAUGAAGUUAGUAAAAUUGACAACAAAUAUAACAACGAAGGAUUGGACACGAGCGAGCAGGCACAUUUCUUUAAACAGUAUCACAAUACUAUGCAAACAGAUAAUAAACGCGGUUUAUAUGAGACAGAAGAAAACAAACUGGUUGGCAAUAGUCGAGAAAGGCGCGAAGCAAGACAAACAAGUAUCGUACCCAAUAUUUCAAAUAAAAAUCAACAGGACAGUGACACCGUAGCCGAAGAAACAGCUAUAAGAAAUCACAUAAAAAAAUUGUCUGACACUGAAUUAAAAGAAUUAUUGGACUCACUAACAGACGAAAAAAGACAACUAUUAAAGAAAAUAAUCGACGAAACGCAUGCUAAUUACGACACUUACGAUAAUAUCAAUAAAAGAGAAAUUACGAAGAAAGCAGGAGCUCUUGAAGAAAACAAUCUUGUAGAAAAUGUACAGUCAGAAUUGAACAAAGUCCAACCAAGCAGUUCUUCCGCAGAUGAAAGCACAGAAUCUCCAGAAACUCCAAAUUCAGAUUCGACUACCCCCAAUAAACAAACAGAAAGCUCUGACACAGGAAAUACCAAUUCUGAUAAUAAAAUGGAGGUGACCAGUACUAGUGAUUUAAAUUCAAUUCAGUCCGACAAACUAAAUUCAUUAACUUCUGCGAAGGAUACGAAAAAUCCACUUUCACCUGUACAAGAAUCUCCUAAGUGUGAAAAUAAAAGAGAAACAAACUACAAUGACUUUUUGACCGACGAUAUUGCUUUAGAAGAUACUGGAUUAGCAGAUAAUGGAUUAGAUAAUUUAAAUUCGCCUGAGUCUACAUCAGAUCAAGAAUAUUUUAGCUGUUCACAAGACGAAAAAAAGUCACAGCUUGAUAACGAUAAAGUUCAAAAUCAAAACAGAGAUUAUAAAAGAGAAACGUAUUCAAUGGCGUUAGACGACCUUCCCGAUUCUUUAAAGUCUCUAGAAGAAUCCUUUCCCAAUUCUUACGCCUACGGUGAUUCUGCUUCUUACUCAGGGGCUUUAGUCAGGGUUAAAAGAAAAGAUUUAAAUCAUAAUGUGAAGAAAAGAUCUGCCGGUGUCUUGCCACAUGCCAAAACAGGAUAUUUUCAAUACAAAUCUGAAAGCGAAGAUGCAGACAACGAUGAAGGAAAUGAGUUUGAUGACGAUGGUUUUUAUGACGUCACGUCAAACGUGGCAAAAAAUAAAGCUAUCGAUGAUUCUGCUUGCGAUAAUUCUGCUUCCCACCAAUCUGCUGCGUAUAAUGGCUACGGCUUAUCUAGUGAUAGUCCUAUACUGAUAAAUAACAAUAACGUUGCGAAAGAAGCUGUAAAUCUAGGAUCGGACACAGACGCCGUCCUUUCAGGUGUAGAAGGCGUCGAUGAAAAUUUGAUGUAUAAUAGCAACCCGCGAAACAGACGGAAUGAUUAUAGCACACCAUAUCUGGAAAAAUUGAGCGCUUCGAAUUCACAGCAAGACAAUAAAGAAUUGAGAACAGCCUCAGAAAUUUAUAUGAAUGCGCCAAAUUACCAAGAAAACGACGCGUUUGGUCCACUCCCGCGCAACUCUGAGGGGGAUUUGGGAAGAUAUAAAAGAAUUAGGCGCUUAAAACCAUCGCAUGAUUCCGAAGAGCCAAGUUCCGAUAGCGCAUAACAAAAUAUUUUCAUCAUUAAUGAUUGCUUUGUAUUUAAUAAGUUUUUAACUUUA